GGUUACGUAACGUUCACAGCGUCCGUCUGAUGGGGGGGAAGCAGUUGACUGCGGUAGGAGCGCGCGCGCAGGCCGAAGAGCGUAAACAAAACAAACAAAUGACGAAAAAACGCGAAAACAACCGGAAAGUUUGAGCUCGUUCCGCGUCCGUGCGAUGUUUAACGUCGUCCUGCGGCGGUUUGAAGUCCGUUAACGGGGAAAGACGUCAGCAAAGACAGGGCGCGCGCACCUGCCAGAGAUAAAUAGGUUACCGAGCUAACGUGAGCUAGCUCCGCGCGGCAGCCAUGUCGUCCCCCUCCUCCUCCUCCAGGCGCCAGUGGUGCUACCUGUGCGACCUGCCCAAGAUGCCGUGGACCGUGGUGUGGGACUUCAGCGAGGUGGUCUGCCGCGGCUGCGUGAACUACGAGGGCGCGAACCAGAUCGAGUUCCUGAUCGCGAGCGCCCGACAGCUGAAGCGGACGCACGGGAUGCAGGACGGGAACGUGCGCUCGCCCGGUCCCUCUCCCAACAAGCACGGCACAUCUGGCCGAGGAGAGGCGGCGGCGGACGGAGGCAGGCCGCACACCGACCGCUUCGACCGGGGAGGGAGAGGAGAGAGCGCCGGGUCCGCGGUUCGAGUCCCGCCGAACGGGUUGCACCGUGACGGGCAGCACCGUGACGGGCAGCCGCCUCCGGAGGUGAACCGUCAGAGCCCGAGCGGCAGCCGGAGACCCAUGCUCGGUGCUGCCAUCCCUCCGAGCCUAGUGACUCAGAGCAUAGCAGGGAUCCCCCACGGGCUUCUUGCGGGCAUGCCUGCGGGUCUGACCGCCAGGACAGCCCCCAUGAGCAGCCCCAUGAUCUUCCCGGCCCCGGUGCUGGCCGAGAUGAGCCGCAGACAGCUGGGCAUCGGGAUGGGCAUAGCCCCCUUCAUCACUCCGGAGCUGGAGCGAGAGCUGAGCUCCUCCCAGAACCAGCCCAAGACACAGACGCAGGUCCACACCGCUGUGGCCGGCAGCAGCAGCAGCAGCAAGAGCACAGGUCUCCCGUCUUCAUCCUCGACCAUGGCCGGAGGCGUGAGCCAGACCAGCCCCAAGCCCGCCUCGUCUCCAGCCCGGCAGCCUCGGCCCUUAGCCUCCAGGUCUGGAGGGGAGCCCCUCGGAUCCAGCACCUCAGCAGAGGCGGCCACCGCCGCUGCAGCUUUACCCCACAGCGGUGCCUCUGAGCUGGGAUCGGCGUCUGCCAACAACACCCAUUCAACGGGAAACACUCUGUCCUGCACCUUGUGUCACGAGAGGCUGGAGGACACACACUUUGUGCAGUGUCCAUCAGUGCCAGGGCACAGGUUCUGCUUCCCCUGCACCAGAGUGUACAUCCAGAGCCGGCGGGGCGACGGCGAGGUGUACUGCCCGAGCGGUGACCGCUGUCCGUUGGAUAACUCUGCCAACAGUCCCCCUUGGGCCUUCAUGCAGGGAGAAGUCUCCACCAUACUCGGCACUGGUGGAGCGGGAGCAGCGUCGGCCGCUCCGUCCGGAGCCGGGACCGGACCCGGGUCGGGAGCUGCAGGCGCGCCUGCUCCUGGAGCUGCGAGUGGAUCUGCCGGUGGAGGCGGAGCGGGAGGCGGAGACGUCACGGUCAAGAAAGAGAGAGAGACGUGAUGGUGAUUUUUCAUGGAAGCCAGGACCCAAACACAGCAACAGAAGGAGAAGUCUGCACUGGACCGCUGAGAGAUCCGGAAGAGAAGUAACACAGCGACACCCGGUUCAGAAAAAAACGGUCUUAACUCCACCAACACCACCCAGUGUCAUCAGCAUCAUCAGACCUCGCCAGUUAUCCGACACGAGAUACGACGACUACAUCCACACGUCGUCAUUUCUGACUUUCUUUUCUUUUCUAAGCCAAGUUUGACUUAAGAUAAAUCCUCCAGCUAUGAAAAUUAUAUUUCAUUAAUCACGUUAAAUUCCCUGAAUUAUAAAACAAUCACGUGUUCAAGAGUGAAACGACGCACAACUUUCACCGGAGAGUAAAUAUUAAAAAGUCCGUCAUGAUGUUGGAAUCAGGCUGAGCGGUGGAGAUUUGUUUGUAAUCUAACAACUCACAGAAUAAACCGCGUUCAACGAGAUAAUCUCAGAUUUCUACAAACGAUAACGUUUAAUGCUGUAAUCACAGAAACGCCACAACUUGAAUGCACCUUAAGAAAAAAAAAAAGUGCCAGCCGGACCACUGAAAUGUUUCUGUGUGCAACAUCGAGGUGAUCGUUGUUUUUAAACGACCCCUCGAACUCACAGAAAGUCCAGCGGUUAUCACGGUACACGUGAUAUCGUGUUUGCACGGGGGGGAAGAAAAAAAAGCACUGAAGUUUGUUUUGACGAAUCCAAACGACGAAAUAUUCAGCCACGGUUUGUUUUUUAUUUUCUCUUGUUGAUGAACAAACUGUUAGCCGGCAGCGAGCAGCAGGAGGUCCGAUCACACUGAACCGCCUCCGACAAAAAUGCCAUUUCUCUCUGCCAACUGAAACAUUUGUGCUUCUACGGACACAAUUUAUUAUUAAACAGCUGACAUAAAAUUGACAAAGUGUACCUUAAAUUUUAUUGUUUUGUGACUCGUGUCCUGCAGCACAAUCAGAUUUUAAAAUAAUCUCCACGUAAAAAACGACGUGAUGUGGACAGAAAGCCAGUAGAGACGUUUCUCUGUGCGCUGACAUAAAGUCGACUUUGACUCCAAGGAAAAAUAAAAAGUUUGCCGUGUAGAAAAAAAAAUGUGUCAAAGCGUCGACCAGCCGCAGAGAGAGAGUCCGUGUUUGACUGUAUUUAAAUGUUGCUUUCAUACGAGAUCCAGCCCAGCCUACGCUUUACCCCGAAUGUAUAUGAAAAGAUAUCUAUGGAUAGGCCUAGGAAUAUAUUUUAUACUAGAACGUUAAAUGUUAUAUACUCUAUAGAUCUAUAAUAGUAUGUAUGUACGUGCAAUCCUCGGUCAUAGUUUAUGCAACAGUUUGGAAAAUGUAAUUAAAAAAAUCGAUUAUUGAAUCAUUUCUAAAACCUUUUUUUUUUUGUUUUUGAAAGUGAGAAUCCACCUAAAAGCUUCUUCUGAUUUUUGAAUUUGUUUCUCCCGAAAAACGAAACAAGACAACCUCUCGAUCACUCCGACUGAGCUUUCACGGAGCGCAAACUGUCAUUUAAAAGUAUGUUUUCGGUUCAUUGCAUCAAAAUGAAUCUUUGAUUUACAAUCAGUCUGUCACGGUUCAUUCAUCACUGGUAUAAAACCGAUCAGGGAUUUCAUGCUCCUGAAUUAUCACACAUUUACCGACGUGUUGGUUUUUGGAUGGAUUCUCUCUCGUGUGCGUCAGCACGGACGCACGGACAAACCAAAGGUGAUUUUAAUGCCCACGCUGAUGUUUCUGGAUGUAAAUGUUUUAUGGAGAAAAAAUCUAUAUAUUGAUAUAUUUCUUGGCCAGAUCUUCUUCAUCAAGCCGUUCCGGUUUCCAGGCCAACAUCCCGCAGGUCUGAUGCAGAGAAAUCUCUCUGAAGAAGUGGAAUUUAAGUUGAAUAUGCACUGAUACAUCAUGCAAUCCCUUGUUAAGUGCCUUUUUAAAAUGUUUACCGUCUGUUUGUGUGUCUGGGAACCUCAGGGGAAGUAGGAGUGCAAUGGCUUUUUUUUUUUAUUUUAUUGUCUAGUCGAUGAUUAACCCGAACAUGUUUCCCUUCGAUCGCCAUCAGACGGCUUCUUGCUUUUAUCCGGAGCCUUUGUAAAGUCAGCCGGCCUCUUCUCUGUGUUCACUUUCUGUUCAGUCGUUCAUGUUUAGAUCUGCUGGUUUUAUCGCAGCUUCAUGUACAAAAUAGAAACCAGGAAUAAACGGGAUGAAACUUGUA